CAUGAGUGUGUCUGUAUGUGUGUGAUAGUAACCGAAGCUGUCCGUCUCUCCGUCAGGUGUUAUGUGGAUGAUAAGGUGUCGAAGGUGGCCUGGUUGAACCGCUCCAACAUCAUCUUCGCGGGUGAGGAUAAGUGGUCUCUGGACCCGCGGGUGGAGCUGGUGACUCAGGGUCAGCUGGAGUACAGUCUGAGGAUACAGAAGGUGGAUGUGUUCGACGAGGGGCCGUAUACCUGCUCCAUCCAGACCAAACAGCAGCCCAAGACGUCACAGGUCUAUCUCAUCGUUCAAGUUCCUCCAGUCAUCUAUAAAGUUUCGGAAGACAUCACUAUAAACGAAGGCAGUAACGUGACGCUGACGUGUUUGGCCAAUGGGAGGCCAGAUCCCUCCAUCACCUGGAGACUGCUCAACCCGUCAGCCGAGGCUCUUGACGUCGGAGAGUAUCUGGAGAUCUCUGGGAUCGUUCGCUCUCAGGCCGGACGUUACGAGUGUAAAGCGAGCAAUGACGUCUCCGCUCCUGAUGUCAAAUAUGUCAGCGUGGUGGUGAACUACCCGCCGUACAUUAAGGAGGUGCGGAGCUCCGAGACGCCGGUGGGACAGGCUGGAGUCCUGCACUGUGAGGCGUCUGCGGUUCCUCAGCCGGAGUUUGAGUGGUACAGAGACGAGCGCAGACUGUCGAGCUCUCAGAGCGUCAGUAUUCAGAUCAGUGGCUCUCGCACACUGCUGGUGGUCGCAAACGUCACGGAGGACGACUACGGAAACUACACGUGUGUCGCCACCAACAGACUGGGAGUCCACAACGCCAGCGUGUUCCUCUACAAACCUGGCACUGGGCGGGACAUCAACGCCUCAGGCUGCGUCUGUCAAUCAUUCUGGCUCCUCCUCCUGUCUGUUCUCUCAGUUCUUCUGAAGUGUUAAUGUUCAUCACAGAUGCUCUGAUCGUCUCAGACUGUUUCCAUCCAUCCAUCCACGCUCACCGUUACGCCCCGACAGGACAACCGUCUUCUUAUCAGGAAAAAAUUAUGACAUGGAGAAAAGAAAGAAGGUGCUCUUUUUAAGACAAGAAUAUUGUCAUUUAACCAGUUCAAGCACUUAAUUCCAGUGACGCCGUCUGUCUGUCGUCUGAGUGCAUGUGUGUGAUUUACCACAGAAACCCAGAGUGGAAAAUGGUUCAUUUCAUUGUGUUUUCCCAUAAUACUCUGCAGCCUGCUCCAAAAUCUGCCUAAUGUAAACUAAUGAAGGAGUGCUAGAAUCAUGUAAGGUCGGUUAGAUGUGGUUUAGGAAUAAUGACUAGCAGAAGGGACUGGAACACAGUACUUUCUGCUGAAUCUGAAGAUUCUCUGAGAUCAGAACAAUCAUGGGAUGUGUGAGACUCUCCCGGCCGUCGGUGUCUGUUAUGAUGGAUCAGAGAAUCAGACCCGCCCACAUGUGUAGCCCCACCCACUAACACUAAACCCCUCCCACACCAGGUGUCUCUUCAGGGUUCCUGUCAGAACCUGGAUUGUCUUGUCAUGAAGAACUGUUCUUCUGGAGGGAAGCUUGUAGAAUGCUGUGUCCUGAACCUCGUCUUCUGUGUGUCUGUGAAAACUCUGAAUUGUAUGACACCAAUGAAUGCUUCGCUUCGAUUCGCUGCUCAUCCCGUCGCGUCUGUCGUCUGUAAAUACUCGUUUAAUCGAAUGUCCUCACAUGGAAACGAAACGAAUCUUCAGUUCAGGUCUCUUCAUUAGUUAAUUAUCUGCGGUGGCGCUUUGAUGCUUCCUGUAACAAACUGAAAUUAGAUACUAAACAAAGAUUUUUAAUACAAAUAUUUAAAUAUCUCGUUCUAAAACUAGAUUUACCUUUGUAGCGGCUGCCACUACUAUUCUUAUUUAUGGAGACUGAUCAUUUCUGUUCGUUAGUUAUUAUAGAAGUAGUUGGACAGAAAUGAGCUGAAUCCACUGACUGCCCAAACGAUUCGAGAAAACGAUAUAAAAAGCCAUUUUAGAGAUGAUUUACAAACACACACGUUUGUUUUCUUUGUCGUAAAUAUUGUGAAGUGUCUGUCCCUGAGUUUUUAUUUUAUUUUUAAGCUCUCAAAGGGCAGGUUGUGUGUACUGUACACAUUUAAAGGUAUAAUGAGCUCUUCAGCUCUUGAUUGACAGCUCUCUCAGCCAAUGAUCUUUCAGCGUGUGAGCUCUGAUUGGAUGAUUGGUUUAAGGGCUAGUCGUGUGUCCUGUAGUCCUCAGAAGCUCUCGCUCGUGCCCUGAACACCGUUGUCUGAGUUUGAUCCGAUCUGAAGUCUGGACCAGGACUCGUGUGUUUCUGCUUCACUGCAGUGUGUGUUUAACAGUUACGCUCAGUGAGGAUCAGCUGACUUUAGUUUCCCUGUGUGUGUGUGUGUGUGUCUGUAACAUGACAAGAAAACUGGACGCUGUGUCUUUGUCGAUCCUCGGGACGCUGGAGUUUUCCGGCUCUGACAUCUUCAUGAAAAGCAAUGAACAUUUUCUAACUCUUUAUUUACUCUCAAAUUAGCGCAGUCAUUUUUUAAACCCUUCUGCACUGUAAAGAACUCAUGAAGUGUUUAAAAGGAAAUAAAGUCAUUUGAAUUUGAUGUAUUUGAAAGUUGGUUUAAGAAAAAAAAGAUUGUAAUGUUUGGUGAAAAAACGAGGCUUAUGAACUCUGUUAAUCAUGUAACAUGCAAAUAAAGGAAUAUAAAGAUUGUUAGAGCUCCCUUUAAAUGGC